GACUCGGGAGGGGGCAGGUGGGAGGGUCAGCUGGUUAUAAUGAACCUUGUCCCUACUCUUAAGUCCUGGGUCACCGAUCCAACUAUGGAGGCAACUGCAGAUCUUCGAGAUACAGCUGCAUUAACUCUGAAGUUUAAGUUUAAUCCAAGGCUGGGCAUUGACAAUCCUGUCCUCUCCCUGGCUGAAGACCAGGACCAGUCUGAUCCCUGGAACCUGCAGCGGCCUCGCUUCUGUCUACUGAGCAAAGAGGAGGAAAAGAGUUUUGGGUUCCAUCUGCUGCAGCAGCUGGGCAAGGCUGACCAUGUGGUGUGCAGGGUAGAUCCAGGCUCUUCUGCCCAGCGCCACGGUCUCCGGGAAGGAGACCGGAUCCUAGCGGUGAACAAUAACAACGUGGAACAUGAGGACUAUGCGAUGGUAGUGCGCUGCAUCCGGGCCAGCGGUCCCCGGGUCUUGCUGACGGUCUUAGCACAACAAGUGUACGAUGUGGUGCGCGCUCAGCAGGGGAACGAGGUCUUCUGUUGCCCUGCCCUAGGCCCGGAGGUCAGGCCCCGGUUGUGCCACGUAGUAAAAGACGAAGGAGGCUUUGGUUUCAGCAUCACCCAUGGAACUCGGGGCCCUUUCUGGCUGGUGCUCAGUUCAGAAGGAGCUGCUGAGAGAGCAGGGGUGCCCCCUGGGGCCCGGCUGCUAGAAGUGAAUGGGGUCUGCGUGGAGAAGUUCACUUCCAACCAGCUCAGUAGGAAGCUUUCUCAGAGUGGAGAUCAGGUGACUCUGCUGGUGGCAGGGCCGGAGGUAGAGGAACAGUGUCAUCAGCUGGGCAUGCCUCUUGCUGCACCCCUGGCAGAGGGCUGGGCACUACCUGCCAAGCCCCGGUGUCUAAACAUGGAAAAAGGACCUCAAGGCUUUGGGUUCCUGCUCCGGGAGGAGAAGGGCCUGGAUGGUAGCCUCGGGCAGUUCUUGUGGGAGGUGGACCCAGGACUGCCAGCUGACAAGGCAGGGAUGAAGGCUGGAGACCGCCUGGUGGCUGUGGCUGGGGAAAGCGUGGAUGGGCUGGGCCAUGAGGAAACCGUGUCCAGGAUCCGAGCACAGGGCUCUUGUGUCUCCCUUGUUGUCGUCGACCCUGAGGCUGACCGCUUCUUCAGCAUGGUACGGCUGUCUCCCCUCCUCUUCUUGGAGAACCCAGAGAUUGCUGCCUCCCCUCUGGCGGAAACCAAAGAUCUUCUGAUUGAAGAUGCAGUUGAGCCUCCUGGCACUGUUGGCUCCCGCCAAUGCUGCUUGUACCCUGGACCUGGAGGUGGCUAUGGAUUCAGACUCUGCUGCGUGGCUAGUGGGCCUUGUCUCUUCAUCUCCCAGGUGACCCCAGGAGGCUCAGCCGCCCGAGCAGGGCUGCAAAUGGGAGAUGCAAUUUUGGAGGUGAAUGGAUAUCCUGUGGGUGGUGACAAUGACCUGGAUAGGCUUCGGCAUCUGGCUGAGGUGGAGCCACCCCUCUGCUUGAAGCUGGCAGCUAGGAAUUCACAGGGCUUAGAAGCCUGGGUUUCCUCAGAGUCUGGAAAGGACUGGAGCCUGGCUUCGGAGAUACUAUAGGACAUGCCUGCUUGGCACAGACUUGCCUAGUGGUUUUCCUGCUCUUGCUCUGCACCCUGAGGUGGAGGGAGCCAGGAAUGAUCUCUCCAAACUGGAAGUGGGAGCUGGAAGAUUCAGACACCAAUGAUUUCGUGACUGCCGGGGACUUCUUCCCUUCUCAGGAGCCUACCUCCAGCAGAGGGGUGAGGACAGAGGCCUCAGGCUGGCUCAUGAGGGAGCCCAAGUCCCCAUGGGAUGUUCUGUAGAAGUUCUGAGGACAUGUGCUACAAAGAUGAAUUUCUUCUGCCCAAGAAGGUGAUGCUAUGGAGCCAUUUAGGACCGAAGUCAUUGAGAACUUAGGCUAGCUAUGACUCCAGGGUUAUAUGGCACAAGGAUUUGGAGAUCAGCCAUAUUUUCUUUCUGUGGACACCUUAGAAACUUGGAGCUGACGGUGGUGGCGCACCCCUUUAAUGCCAACACUUGGGAGGCAGAGGCAGGCAGAACUCUGUGACUUUGAGGCCAGUCUGGUAUACAAGAGCUAGUUCUAGGACAGGCUCCAAAGCUACAGAGAAAUCCUGUCUCGUAAAACCGAAAAGAAAAAAAAAAAAAGAAAGAAAGAAACUUGGGAGCUGGUUCCUGGCCACUUUAAUGUCCUAUUACUACCUUUCCCACUGGGCCAGUGAGAUGGCUCAGUUGGUAAAGAUGCUUGCUGCUAAGCCUGACAACCCAAGUUCAAUCCUCAGAACCCUGUUGGUAGAAGGAGCGAACCAAUUCCUGGAAGCUGUCCUCUAGCCUCUACAUGAACACCUUAGUAUGCCACUGUCCAAAUAAAUAAGUAAAUAUAUAUAUACAUACAUAUA